CCCCCGGCACGUUCCUGCUGCAAAAAGCCCUGCUGCCGGGGGUCCCGCCGUGCCCCCCGCCACGUCCCCCCCGAACCAGCACCCCCAGGGCUGCAGCAGCAGGAAAACCCCCGCCGGGAGGUGGGUGCUCGGCCCCGAGCUGCUGCACACCGAGGGGCGUCCACCAAGCCCCCACCGGGGUUUCACUUCCCUGCGGCGUGCGGGCGAGCACCGGGGCGUUGGGCGCAGGCGGCCCCGGGAGCGGGGGACCGGGGGGCACCGGCACCGCUGCUGCCAUGGACUGGGCUGGGGAAGGCGCCGGCCAGCUGGCAGCCAUCGUGGAGUCAGACGGCAACGAGGAGGAGGAGGAGGAGAAGGACGAGGAGGAGGAGAAAGAGGAAGAUGAGGAGGAGGAAGAGGAGGAAGAAGAGGAGGAGGAAGAGGCAGCCAUGGUCCAGACCCUGGCCGAGGAGGACGAAGCGAGAGCGUGGCUGGACGACUUCCAGCAAGCCUCGCAGGCGCUGCUGGCCGAGCUCUCGGCGCUGGAGGCAGAGUUUGAGAUCGAGAGGACGUGUCGGCAGCAAGCCGAGGCGUACGCGGCACAGGUGCAGAAGGAGAACACGAAGCUGAAGCGGCUCAGCCUGGCCCUGUCGCCCGGCACAGGGGACGGGGACCUGCCCGAGGAGGGGGACACCAGCCCCGACCCUGCCCAGCACCACAGGCAGGAGCUCAAGGGUCUGCAGGAGAAGCUCUCCUGGCUGCUGGUGGAGAAGAAGGAGCUCAGCAUCCAGGUCCAGGAGCUGCAGAGGGAAAACCAGGACCUGCAGGAGCAGCUGGAGAAGGAGAAGAUGGAGAGGCAGAGCCUGCGGGCGGCCCUGGAUUCCUCCCAGCGGACGCUCAAAUCCUUCAAGAGAGUGUCCCAGGUCGUCACCCAGGACUACUGCGAGGCGCUGCAGAAGCUGGAGCUGGAGCAGGACCUGCGCCUGCACGCCGAGGCCUUCGCCCACAAGAUGCUGGUGGCGAAGAAGGAGGCGAGCAGGCAGAGCAGCAUCCUGCUGCAGAGCGCCGGGCCCAGCGCCCAGCUGCUGCGGGCGCUGCAGGAGGUGGGGAGCCUCACCCGGGCGCUGGAGGAGGCGCAGCAGCGGCACCAGCAGCAGGUGAAGGAGCUGGAGGAGCAGCUGGGCGCGAGGCCGCGGCAGGAGGAGCUGGACCUGGCCCGGGCCGCGCUGGCUGAGGCCGAGGAGGGGAGGCAGGAGCUGAGGGCGCAGCUGCAGGAGGCGCGCGGGCGGCUGGCGGAGCUGGAGGCGGCCGCGCGGUCGCAGCAGGAGAAGCAGGACGGGGACCCGGCAUGGAGCGAGCCCGUGCCACCGCCGCCACCGCCGCUGCCACCGCCUGCGCCCACUGUCCCCGUGGACCCCCUCUUGGCGCUCAGGCAGAGGAAGGGGCAGGCAAACCCGCAGCACCGCAAGCCAGGAGCCAGUGAUGCCAAAGCCCAGGCCGUGCAGGAGAUGAUGGAGAGGAUAAAGAGCGGGGUGGUGCUGAGGCCCGCGAAGGAGCGGGUGCCCCUGGGCCAGUCAGCCAGCAAGCGGAGGAGCGCGGCGCUGGAGCUGCGGGGCAUCCUGGGCGCCAUGCGCAGGGCGAGCAGGAGGGCGAGCGGGCGCGGGCGCAGCGUGCGGGGCCAGGACAGCCAGCUGGAGGCCAUCCUGCAGCGGCGCCGCCGGGCAAUCGAUGCCCCCGCGCCCCCCCCGCAGCCGGACAGCACCGACCCCGGGGCUGGGGGCAGGACGGAGCCUGGGCACGAGGACGCGGGCAGGGCUGCGUCCCCUGGCUGCUGGGAUGGGGACACGGAGCCAGUCCAGUUCCGACCGCGGGCAGUGGGAGGCAUCUCCCGGAGCCGGCCCUGCGCCUGGCUGCCCAGAGGGGGAGAGACGGUGGAGAGGGGGCAGCCCGAAAUUCAACUCAGCCCUGCCCGGAGCGGGGCGGAUGGAGGGGAGCAGAGCUGUUCGCCUGUCCAGUCCUCCGUCCGUCCUGCCUAG